AUGGAGCCGCCCGAGGACAUGGCGUCGCUGAGUGAGUUCGACUCCUUGGCGGGCAGCAUCCCGGCCACCAAGGUGGAGAUCACCGUGUCCUGCAGGAACCUUCUGGACAAAGACAUGUUCUCCAAGUCUGACCCACUGUGCGUCAUGUAUACACAAGGGAUGGAGAACAAGCAGUGGCGGGAGUUCGGCCGCACGGAAGUCAUCGACAACACACUCAACCCCGACUUUGUGCGCAAGUUCAUCGUGGACUACUUCUUCGAGGAGAAGCAGAACCUCCGCUUUGACCUGUAUGAUGUCGACUCCAAGAGCCCGGAUUUGUCCAAACACGAUUUCCUGGGCCAAGCCUUCUGCACCCUCGGAGAGAUUGUGGGGUCUCCCGGAAGCCGCCUGGAGAAGCCCCUCAUGAUAGGAGCAUUCAGCUUGAAUUCCAGGACAGGCAAACCCAUGCCAGCUGUGUCCAACGGAAGUGGUCUUUGGAUGGAAAGUUUGAGAACCCCGGGUCCGGAAGCCUCCGGUGGUGUCCCGGGAAAGAAAUGUGGCACCAUCGUCCUGUCUGCAGAGGAGCUCAGCAACUGUCGGGAUGUAGCCACAAUGCAGUUCUGUGCCAAUAAGCUGGACAAGAAAGAUUUCUUUGGGAAAUCUGAUCCCUUCCUGGUCUUCUACAGAAGCAAUGAGGAUGGCACGUUCACCAUUUGCCACAAGACUGAGGUCAUGAAGAACACCCUCAACCCAGUCUGGCAGACCUUCUCCAUUCCUGUGAGAGCCCUCUGCAACGGAGACUACGAUCGGACCAUCAAGGUGGAGGUGUACGACUGGGACCGAGAUGGCAGCCAUGACUUCAUUGGGGAGUUCACCACGAGCUACCGGGAACUGGCCCGUGGACAGAGCCAGUUCAACAUCUAUGAGGUGGUGAAUCCAAAAAAGAAAAUGAAGAAGAAGAAAUACGUGAAUUCUGGCACAGUCACCCUGCUUUCUUUUGCUGUGGAGUCGGAGUGUACCUUCCUGGACUACAUCAAAGGAGGGACCCAGAUCAACUUCACCGUGGCCAUUGACUUCACUGCUUCCAACGGGAACCCCUCACAGUCCACAUCCCUGCACUACAUGAGCCCCUAUCAGCUGAAUGCCUACGCCCUGGCACUGACCGCCGUCGGUGAGAUCAUCCAACACUACGACAGCGACAAGAUGUUCCCCGCCUUGGGCUUCGGGGCCAAGCUGCCCCCGGAUGGCAGGGUGUCCCAUGAGUUCCCACUGAAUGGCAACCAGGAGAAUCCCUCAUGCUGCGGCAUCGAUGGCAUCCUGGAGGCCUACCACCGCAGCCUGCGCACCGUGCAGCUCUAUGGCCCCACCAACUUCGCACCCGUCGUCACCCAUGUAGCCAGGAAUGCAGCGGCCGUACAGGAUGGCUCCCAAUACUCUGUGCUGCUCAUCAUCACCGACGGGGUCAUCUCAGACAUGGCACAGACCAAGGAGGCCAUUGUCAACGCUGCCAAACUCCCCAUGUCCAUCAUCAUCAUCGGCGUGGGCCAGGCAGAGUUCGACGCCAUGGUGGAGCUGGAUGGUGAUGACGUGCGGAUCUCCUCCCGAGGGAAGCUGGCUGAACGGGACAUCGUGCAGUUCGUGCCCUUCCGAGACUACGUGGACCGCACAGGCAACCACGUGCUGAGCAUGGCCCGCCUGGCCCGCGAUGUGCUAGCAGAGAUCCCUGACCAGCUGGUGUCCUACAUGAAGGCUCAGGGCAUCCGCCCUCGUCCCCCACCCGCUGCCCCGGAGCACUCUGCCCCGCAGUCCCCAGCCCGCACACCCCCCACCUCUCCGAUGCACACAAACAUCUGA